AUGAAAGAUCAUGUCGACUUCUGGGCCAACGGCUUCGGCAUGCGGGUGCGGAUCGCGCUGCGCGAGCUCGGCGUGGCGUUCGACUACGUCGAGGAAGACCUCCGCAUGGGCGAGAGGAGCGACCUGGUGCGGCGCAUGAACCCCGUCCACCGCUCGGUGCCCAUCUUCAUCCACCGCGGCCGUCCGGUCUGCGGCUCCCUCAACAUCCUCGAUUACAUCGACGAGGUGUGGAGUGCACCGGGCGAGACCCGCCGCUUGCUCCCCGGCGACCCUGCCGGCAGGGCCGACGCCAGGUUCUGGGCCGACUUCAUUGACCACAAGGUGUUUGCUACUCAGACAAGGUUCCUGAAGAGCAAGGGUGGGGAGAAACAUGUGGCCAAGGAAGAGUUGGUUGAGCAACUCAAACGCCUGGAGGAGGUGCUCGGGGACAAGGAACAUUUUUCUGGUGACGAAUUCGGGUUCUUGGACAUGGUCCUCAUCCCAUUUUCAAGCAUGUUUCGUGGGUACGAGCAGCAUGGAGGGUUUGACCUCGAGGUUGAGUGCCCCAAGCUCAUGCGAUGGGUGAAGAGGUGCAAGGAGAGGGAGAGCGUAAGAGCGGUUCUUCCGGAUGAGACCAAGAUGUACGAAUUACACAAGGAGUGGUACGGUAUUGAGUAG